UCGUUCAUUACUGGAGAGGGUGCGAUUCACGUGCAUGUAAGCGUUAUCUUGAAGCUUAUGAGAGACAAAUUAUUAUUGGGUGAUUUCUUAGAUAAAAGAAUUGUUUUGUAUCGUUCUGUGUAAAGCACAUAGUGAGAAAAAACAUUGCAGGAAUAUAAAAAAAACUGACAACUCGGACUAAAAAUGCGUGUUUGAACGUUCAGUCAAAAUGACGAUGGAAUGUACAGGAAGUUGACAGUGAGCUGAAACAUCGUUGCUGCAUCAUGAAGAAGCGAAACAAAUCGAGGAAAGGCAGAAGUGACAUCAAAGAUGAUACGGUAGCUACUAAGGUCAACAAAGAUGAGGAGAACACAAAGAAAAGCCCUAGCCGAAGUAGAUCACGUGGUAAAAGAUCGCUUUCUUCUUUGUUCCGCAGAUCUGCCAAUCGUACAGAAAGCAGUGAUGGAGAAAAUAACGCAAAUCAUGAGUCGGCGGAAAGAGAGGUGGAGCAAGUUUCAAAUAUUAACCCACGUGUUGAUCCACGUGGUUACAUACAACGUAUGACUGUUCGCGAGGCUUUACUUUAUAAUAAACAAAGAGGAAGAUCUCCAAACAGAAGAGCUUUGAAGCUAGAAAAGACCGUUCUUAAAGAUGAACCUGACCAAAUCCGAAACAGUUUGUCUACGUCCGUUCCCAAUUUACUUGAUCAAAUGACCGAUCAAGACGCGGAAUCAACUACGGAACAGGGUUAUCAUAAGGCUAGCGCUACUUUGCCGAGAACCAAUAAAAAUCGCGGACACUCUGAGGGAGGACGUGUUAAACAACAGUUAGAUUUAUAUACGGAUCAGACGGACAAUUCUGGAAAUCUUCCACUUGAUAAGCGAAAAUAUAUGAUAAAUAUAUCACCAAAUGUUGCAACUAAUAAAAGUGUAGAUAUUUUAAAGCACAAAAGAAAUGUAUCUCUUCAACAGCAUUCCAAACAAAUAUCGCACGAAGAACAAGACGAUGAUCAGACUUCUCGCAGGAGACAUGAAUCUUUCUCACAGUUCAUGAUGCUUCGAGAGACAAAACCACGUUCCAGAUCAUCUUCAACAAACACUCGUGCACCUCAACACGAAACAGAUAGAGAAUCACUUAAUGCGUCCAAAAAACAAUCUACAAUGGAUAUAUCAACUGAAGAUGCUUAUAAAACUGGCUCUCAAAUUAAAGCCCAAUUAUUGCCACAACACACCCAAACAAAAUACAAUUCCACACCCAAAUCACUUCAAAAAUCCAACCUGUCCGUCAAUAUAUCGAAAGAAGAUGUUUUCUCACAUGCGGAAGAACCCCAACCACAGUCGAGUCAAAUCGAUAGACAGCGACGACGUUCAUACGUUUCCCCAAGACGAUUUAGUCGCACAUCACGAACUAGUGUCACAUCAAACAAGUCCGACUCAAAUUCAAGUCAACAUAUAAUAGAACCUUUGAUUAAUAAAAGUGUAACUUCCGACACGAAAAGUACAAAGUAUUGCAGGCAGUUUAGUAGAGAUAAUAGAAUGCCCAUGCCUGAAAAAUCACCAAAAGUUCUGAUUGAUGCUGGGACAAUCACAGAUAUUUUAAUAUCAAAAAUAGAAACGGUUGAAGCACUGACGCAAACCGAUGCCCAAAAUUAUUUCAAAGAAAUAAAUGAAAACAACAAAACACUGGUCGAAUGUGGUGUUCAAUUUGACCCAGUAGACUUCGAUGGAUGUGUUGAUAACUUUACAGAAACUGGUAUUAGUGAUAUUGUAAGUGAACACACUCCAUCGCAUCUUCAACGGGAUGUUGUAGUUCUAGAUAAUGACACAGAUAUUAAAUCAUUGCGUAAACAAAGAAGUGAUAGUGCAUUCAAACCUAUUCAUGGUUCCCAUAGUCUACUCAACGAAGAAGGAAAACUGGAGAGCGUUGAAUGCCAUUCUAUGCCAGAUCUAAAUCAGCCAUGCAAGACAAAAGGUAAAAAGGGAAAGGAAAAGAAAAACGAAGCAUUUGCUGAAAAGGAGAAGAAAAAAUUGGAACGAUCAAAGACAGAAAAGCAUAAAAGGGAACGACGAAAAUCUAAAAAACGUAAAAGUCAUUCCAGUGAAAGCGGACUUCUAAAACUAGCAAAUGAACCAAAUAAAGAGAUCACACUUGACCAUAGUUCCGAAGCUCAAGUAGGCAAGCAAAACCAGCAACAGCACACACACGUAAAUGCCAAUAAAAACCCCAAAAAGGCAAAAGGAAUUCUUAAGAAGACACAUAAGGAUAAUAAAAAAACAAAAACAAUUUCUGAUGCCUUGAUCAAGGCCGGAAGGGCUGCCUCACUCAGUGACAUACUGGACUUGAAUGUUACUGAAACGAAAAAAGUGCAUUUGUCCAAGCAAAGGAGUGCGUUAACAAGCACUCUUUCUCGAUCUCUUGAUAGCUUGGAUAAGGUCGCCGAUGAAACGUUUCAGGACGAUUUAAAAAAAGGAAGAAAACAUCAUGUGAAAGCUCAUACCGAGGCUCAUUCUGAACAUAAACCAAAAUUAUCCCUUUCAGCAAUUGUUGCGCUAAAGGCUAAAAUAUCUCGUUUUAAAAAGGCUAAACAGCGUGAAAGGGAAUUUCAAGAAAAUCGUGUUGUUGAUGACGAGGCAGAAAACGAUGAAUCUUUAAUUCCAAACAAUGAUGAUGCUUUUGAAAACACGGAUCUUGGCGUUGCAAAAGUGUACUAUGAAAAUGAAAUUAAUACGAGUAUUGGAAAAUCAACUAACGAUACUACAAUUGACGGAUCUGAUGCCGAAGUAAAAGACCUAGUGUAUGAUAGAAAGAUACAAUUUGCAGGAUUUCCAGAUGAUGCUCUGACAGAAGAAGAACUUAUCAAGCAAAGACAAAGAAACACGAGACUCACAUCCCGUCGAGAAAGUAAAGUCAGACAAAGACAGAAGAAGGUCAUAAAUUGUUGUAAGAAAUUUGUAGCAUUUCUAUUUUCACAUAUUGGAUUGUGCUCAUUGGUUGUCGCGUAUUGUAUUCUUGGAGGUGUUGUUUUCAAACGCUUGGAAGGCCAUUCGGAAAUUAUGAAGAAAAGGGAAAUGACCCAAAUGAGGCAGAACUUUACAGAAAGAAUACACAGGUUGGCGUUUGAAACAACAUUAACUAAAGGUAAUAGAGAAGUAUUUAAAGUGGAAGUGAAUUCAAUAUUAAAGGAGUUUGCAGUAUCAGUGCAUAAACAGACUAAAGAGGCAGGAUGGGAUGGGAAAGAAAUCGUGAUGAAAGAAUCCAAGGAUAAUACAACCGUAGGCGAAGCACAACCGGAGCAAUGGUCGUAUCCGAGUUCUCUGUUGUAUGCCAUCACCGUUAUGACGACAAUAGGAUAUGGGCAUGUUGCACCGAUCACAGUAGAAGGGCGUGUCGCUACCAUUGCCUACGCUUUGCUAGGCAUACCGUUGACGUUACUAUGCCUUACGAACAUUGGUGACGUCAUGGCGCACGGCUUUCGUUGGCUCUACGGCCGCGUCUGUUGUGGCUGGUGCUGCAUACUUUUCAAGCCAAGACGACGUCGACGUCUUGAUCCAGAACGGAGCAUGCCCGUGGACGAUCGAAUCAUGACCCCCACUGCGUCAAUCCAAGUGCCAACUUCAGUCUGCUUCCUUCUAAUGACCUCAUAUAUCAUGUUAGGAACCUUUUUAUUUGCUUACUGGGAAGGCUGGGAUGUAAUUACAGGAACGUAUUUCUGUUUCAUUACAUUAAGCACGAUAGGUUUUGGUGACGUUGUACCAGGAGUUGGUUCGGCUGACUGGAACCAAAACGAGAAACUCGUGCUGUGUGCUCUCUACCUGGUUGUUGGUCUCGCUCUUAUCGCAAUGUGUUUCAAUCUCGUACAAGAGGACGUGAAAGCAAAAUGUAAGUGGUUAGGUACAAAACUAGGUAUUAUUGACAAACCUGUCAGCUCCGUUUAGCCUACACAUAAGUAACCCAACUAUGCAAGUCAAAGAAGAAAUGUUAAUUAACCGGGAAAAUAUGUGUUACUGUGCUACAAUAGGAACGGAAUUUUAAGUGCCAGGCUGGCAAGAUGUUAUUUCAACAAGUUAAAACCUUCUGGAUUUACCCAUGGAUAAGUGACACGUUUAACCCUUUGUCAUAUUCACACCUCAUAAAUGAAAUAUGUAGAUGUAACAAACAUAAAUCCUUAACACGGUUCCUUUUACACUUUACAGUCGCCUAAAUUUACCAUUGGCAAAUAGAAUACACAUUUCAUGUGGAUUCAUUGUUAUUACGUUUAUGUAUAUAAUUAUGGUUACUUCAUGGUUAUUCUGUUUAGUUUUUUCCCAAAAAUCAACAUUAUCAUUGCA